GUGAGACAGCAGGUAAAAAGGAAGUGAUGCAGGCUCCGCCUCCUCCAGUGCACGCCAUCAACAGGUGAGACAGCAGGUAAACAGGAAGUGAUGCAAGCUCCGCCUCCUCUAGUGCACGCCAUCAACAGGUGAGACAGCAGGUAGACAGAAAGUAAUGCAGGCUCCGCCCCCUCCAAUGCACGCCAUCAACAGGGGGAUCUUCACUGAAGGCGUGUGCUGCGUCAUCGCCGGCCUGCUGGGGACAGGAAACGGCUCCACCUCCUCCAGCCCAAAUAUAGGCGUGCUGGGAAUCACCAAGGUGGGCAGCCGGCGGGUGGUGCAGUACGGAGCCUUCAUCAUGCUGCUGCUGGGCUCCGUGGGGAAGUUCACCGCUCUGUUCGCUUCGCUGCCGGACCCCAUCCUGGGGGGCAUGUUCUGCACCCUGUUCGGUGAGGGUCACCUGUCCAGGUGUUAGUGAGGGGCACCUGUCCAUGUGUUAGUGAGGUCAUCAUGACCCAGGUG